AAUGAGAAAGCAUUUCCAAUAUUUUAGCGGGAUUUUUUCUUUGUAUACUCGUCGUGAAGCAGGUUGGCCAACCCACACCCGGAAGUAAAUUCCCAGUUUAGAUGGUCCAGUGAAUAAUGGAGAUGAAAAUUUAUAAAUUUUUCUCUUGUCAAAUAGUGUGAUAUUAUGAGUGAUUGAAAGUAACAAUCAGGUGCAACUGCCUAGAUAACAAUUGGAUAUUUUGGGAAAGUUUUACGUAAUCGGUAAUCCUGAUCAAUAUUCUGUGACCUGCUCAAAGCUACAAGUUAAUUUUGGAACAUACAGUAGGAAUGUAUCGCUUAGGUCAUGUCCUAUACAGAACUGGAGCAUGGUUAUCAGGGUUUGCGUAAAGCAACCAGACCUACACAUUUCUAUGUAGGGGCAGGGGAUUUGGAGAUAUGCGAUCCAUGCGACUUGAGCUCGAGCCCCCAAGACAUGGACGACGAUGGGGGCAAGGUUGUUAUUGUGGGGGUGUGUGCCAUGGAAAAGAAAACACAGAGCAAACCCAUGAAAGAAAUCCUGACAAGGCUGCAAGAGUUUGAGUACAUUAAAGUUAUAGUUUUCGAAGAGGAAGUUAUUUUAUAUAAACCUGUAGAGGAGUGGCCUGUCUGUGAUUGUCUCAUAUCAUUUCAUUCGAAAGGGUUUCCCUUAGACAAAGCAAUUCAGUAUGCCCAGCUACAUAAUCCGUAUGUUAUAAAUAAUCUCCAUAUGCAAUAUGAUAUCCAAGACAGAAGAAAAGUAUAUGCAACUUUAGAUGCUGAGGGGAUAGAAAUUCCUAGAUAUGCUGUAUUGGAUAGAGACAGUUUAGAUCCUAAAGAACAUGAACUAUUUGAAUGUGAAGACCAUGUUGAAGUUAAUGGAGUUGUUUUCAAUAAACCUUUUGUUGAAAAACCUGUAUCAGCUGAAGAUCAUAAUAUUUACAUUUAUUAUCCCACUUCUGCUGGCGGUGGUAGUCAAAGGCUGUUCAGAAAGAUUGGCAGUAGAAGCAGUGUUUAUUCUCCAGAAUCGAGAAUCAGGAAAACUGGUAGCUUCAUUUAUGAAGACUUCAUGCCUACUGAUGGAACUGACGUUAAGGUUUAUACUGUUGGUCCCGAUUAUGCCCAUGCAGAAGCUAGGAAAUCCCCUGCCCUCGAUGGUAAAGUAGAAAGGGACAGAGAAGGUAAAGAGAUCCGUUACCCAGUGAUUUUGAGCAAUGCAGAAAAACUCAUAUCCCGUAAAGUCUGUUUGGCAUUCAAACAGGCUGUUUGUGGUUUCGACCUACUCCGAGCUAAUGGCAAAUCUUUUGUCUGUGAUGUUAAUGGUUUUAGUUUUGUUAAGAAUUCAAAUAAGUACUACGAUGACUGUGCAAGGAUAUUAGGAAAUAUGAUUCUCAGAGAAUUGGCUCCCACUCUGCAUAUACCGUGGUCUGUUCCUUUUCAAUUAGAUGAUCCCCCCUUUGUUCCAACUACAUUCGGAAAAAUGAUGGAGUUGAGGUGUGUUGUAGCUGUCAUCAGACAUGGGGAUAGAACUCCCAAACAGAAGAUGAAAGUUGAGGUUCGACACCCUAAAUUUUUCGAAAUAUUUGAGAAAUAUGAUGGUUAUAAACACGGACACGUUAAAUUGAAAAGACCAAAACAACUUCAAGAAAUAUUAGAUACAGCUAGAUCACUUCUAGCUGAAAUUCAACAGCACGAGGCUGAUCCGGAAAUCGAAGAGAAACAAGGAAAAUUAGAACAAUUGAAAGGGGUUUUGGAAAUGUAUGGACAUUUCUCGGGAAUCAAUAGGAAAGUUCAGAUGAAAUAUCAACCCAAAGGAAGACCUAGGGGCUCAAGUUCUGAUGAUGUAGAUAAGCCAGCCGAACCUUCUUUGGUGCUGAUUUUGAAGUGGGGAGGGGAACUAACGCCUGCCGGCAGAAUUCAGGCUGAAGAGUUGGGAAGGAUAUUCCGCUGCAUGUACCCUGGCGGACAAGGUAGACAUCUGGCCGGUGAAUACGCAGGAGCCCAAGGUUUAGGACUUCUGAGGUUACAUUCGACGUUUCGCCAUGACUUGAAAAUAUAUGCUUCUGAUGAAGGGCGAGUACAAAUGACAGCAGCGGCUUUUGCCAAAGGUCUUCUUGCUUUAGAAGGCGAGUUGACUCCUAUUUUAGUACAGAUGGUUAAAAGUGCAAACACCAACGGACUUCUGGAUAAUGACUGUGAUAGUAGCAAGUAUCAAAAUAUGUGUAAGGCUCGUUUACACGAACUGAUGAAAAUGGAUCGUGAUUUUACCCAAGAAGAUAAGGAAAAAAUCAAUCCUUGUAAUUCUUCAAGCAUAGCAGAGGCGAUAGAAUUCGUAAAAAACCCCGUGAGAUGCUGCAAACAUGUCCACGAAUUGAUAAAAAAUCUAAUGGAAAUUGUACAAAUAAAGAAAGAGGAUCUUAAGACGAAAGAAGCAUUAUUGUAUCACGGAGAAACGUGGGAGCUGAUGGGCCGAAGAUGGGGAAAGAUUGAGAAGGACUUCUAUACUAAAAAUAAAAAUUAUGAUAUUAGCAAAAUACCGGACAUAUACGAUUGUAUCAAGUACGACUUGCAGCAUAACCAGCAUACAUUGCAGUUUGAACAGGCAGAAGAAUUGUAUACUUACGCUAAAUAUCUAGCAGAUAUUGUUAUCCCUCAGAAAAAGGAAUAUGGUCUCACUUCUCAAGAGAAAUUAACAAUUGGCCAAGGCAUUUGCACACCCCUUCUGAAGAAAAUAAAAGCAGACUUGCAGAGGAACAUAGAAGAAUCCGGAGAGGAAACCGUCAAUCGAUUGAAUCCCAGAUACUCACACGGAGUCUCGAGCCCUGGAAGACAUGUUAGGACUCGUCUAUAUUUCACAAGCGAAAGCCACAUUCAUUCUCUGAUCACUGUUCUUCGACAUGGAGGCUUGUUGGAUGUUAAAAGAGACGAACAGUGGCGAAGAGCGAUGGAGUACGUUUCUACGGUAUCCGAACUUAAUUACAUGUCUCAAAUCGUCAUAAUGCUGUAUGAGGAUCCCACCAAAGAUCCAAGUAGCGAAGAACGGUUCCACAUAGAAUUGCACUUCAGUCCUGGUGUUAACUGUUGCGUUCAGAAAAAUCUACCCCCCGGUCCGGGCUUUAGGCCUCAUUCUAGGAACGAGUCUGCCGCCAGCAAGAAUUCUAGCUUGAACACAUCCGCAACUGCAACUCCUGAUGAUCUUAAGAGCCAAUGUUCGCCAAGGAUUGACGAAGAAGCAGAAAUAUCUUUAGAAGAAGAGAAAUAUAUAUUAAAUCCUCCUAGAGUUUUAGAAUCUCCACCUAGUAAUAAUGGUAUACCUUCUCCAGCAACUCCUGAUCCAUGUUAUAGCAGACAAAAUAUCAAAUUUAGUGAUCCAAUUCCUAUUGGAAGUUCCCACACCGUUUCUGGACACGAAGCCAUGCACCUGGCAAAAAGACUCAAUGAGGAAUUGGCCAACCAGGCAGCACAGCAGAAUAGUCGGAAUUUCAGUUUGAAUCGGUCAGCCAGCCCUGAUACUGAACCGCGUGCUAGAAGUUAUGAUCACCAGAGCCCCCAAAAGGGAAAGGCUGACAAAUUACACCAAAGUUUGGAUGCAGUUAACAGCCAAGAAUCACCACCAGACUCUGAUCCAUCUGUUACACCAACUAAUACCCCCCUGACGCCACCUAUUGAAACCAUACCCUCUGCCGAUACCGAAAACGCUCACAUUCUAGACGUAAAGACGUCUGAUUCGAUAUUUGAUUCGACUGAGACAGAAAAACCUGAGUUGAGUCCUAUAUCAGGUUCUCUUGAUUUCGAGUAUCCUAGUGAUGUUGAUUCGUCUCUGACUGAUGGCAAGACGCAGACUCUAAAUCGGUCUUUUAUUCAAGAUUCUGAAGACACUUGCAACAGUGGUAAAUGUAGACCUCAGAGUUCUACAAAUGAACUACCUUUGACCGAGUUGAACCUCGCGUUGUUCACCUCCAACCUAGAGACGAAACAUUCUGGUACAAUGAGUACGAAUGAACUACCUCUGUCAGAUAUCAAAUUCAGCAGUAGGUCUUGCAAGGUUUCAAGACAAAGUACGUUAGACAGUCAAAAUGACAACGUGUCUCUGGAAGCCAACUACGAGACCGACGUGAAAGAGGAGAACGAUAAGACUAAGCCGGGCAAGGAAGCCAGGCACAGGUCUUUUUCUGAUCCCAACAUUCUAGAUGGAGAAUGGAUCGGUUACACAGAUAAAAACUUCCUGUUGAAGAAAUACAGCGAUAGUUUAGUUCAUGAGCAGGACGCGAGUGCCCAUCUUUCGCCCCCCACCGAGUAUCCUUACCUUCCCCUCAGCUUCUAUCCAGAGCAUGUUCCCGAGACUAGUUGCCUGCUUUGUAAUCGGCGCGCCAUUCCCUGCCUACUCUCUUUCUUUACGUCACCCCCAAGGAGACAUAGUACGUCUCGCUCACUAUCUCACCCUACCCCAUGUGUGACCCCUUGCAUGUCCAAUGCAGAGUGCAGCCAGAACGUCAAACGCCACCGACACAGUAUUGCUGGGCAGAUGAGCUAUUUCAAGAUGCUAGGUUUCGGGUACGGAGGAGGGCCUUUAGGUUUGAAGAAGCUGGUAGGAGGUAGUACGAAUUCGCUGUUUUCCACGGCGGUCAUAUCCGGUAGUUCCAGCGCUCCGAACUUGAGAGAUAUGAUAUCCAGUACGGCGAGUGCGACAGCUAUUGAAGGAUUUGGUGGAGUUCCAUCAAUUAGACCCCUGGAGACCCUGCACAAUGCUUUAUCAUUGAAGCAGCUAGAUUCAUUUUUGGACAGAAUGACAGCCAUGCCGCUCUUCAGGACACCUUCAACAACUCCUCCUAAAUAUCCAUCGACUCCAUUACCGACGCCUACAAACGGAGCAAUUUUUCCUCCUGGUUCAAUCCUGGACAAAUCCAGAACAUUGAAGCUGCAAUCUCCUUGCAACAGUAUAGGAUGGAGUGGACCACCAAGUUUAAUGUCCAGUAGCGGACCAUCGUCUCCAGGUUUUUCAGAGAGUAAUUCUAAAUGUAGCAGCAGUGAGAUGUCCUCGAGUAUUAUAAGUGGCGAUGGAUUGACUGUGGACAAUUUCAACAAAAUAUUCCCCACUGCACCGGGACUAGAUCAAGACUUGGGAAGUGUUGGAAUGCUUUUGGAUUCCUUUGACAAAGACAUGUCUGAAUCAAUGGAGUUUUCAGAUUAUUACGGCAAUAAUCCGAAAGGUUCCGAAAGUGGUGAUCUAACCCCAGUCUCUGGAUCUGAUGUUGAAUUCAAUACCAAUGAUGCAACAGCAGGUUCCAGUGCAGAAUGUGAUGUUACUGUUACCGAGGAUAUAGAAACUUCAUUUGCGAUGGGAGAAAACAAGGAAUUAGAUCCCGAAGACACCGUCACCAACACUAGACUAGCGGUUUUCAACUACCCCAGUUGUUCUAAUACAAUGGACAAUAAUCUGUUCCAACCACCGUCAACUCCAAAGUUGAAAUCUCCCAUGGCUGCGAAUAUUAACGUUUGUUCGAAUGUGUUGUUCUCUCCUACUUCAGAUAAUUAUAAUUUGAAGCACGUUGAGAAUACUGAUCGAACUCAAGCUCAGUCUAGCAGGAUUGUCAACGAAUUUGAUAAAAACGACUUGAAGAGUAUUAUAAAGAAAUCGAAUAUUUUCGAAAAAGCCAUUCCAAAUUCAAACGUUAAUCUAGCUAGUCCAAGUUCUGACAAAUGGUCAACAACGAAAGAAAAAUUUUUGGACAAUAAGAAUUUUGAAAAGACUGAUAAUAUAGAUUUUGGUAAAAACUUGAAUACCAACAUAGAGAAGAAGGUAGAAAAAGAAAGUGAACUGGCUAGAGCUAAACCUGGCACUGUUGUCAUCAAAGAGAGCUUUAUUGACCCGCCUAGAAUUUCUAGAGUUUCCAAAAGUUUUCAUGGUAAAUCUACCACCAAAAGUUAUGCCCAAGAUAUUUGCAACAGUCCAAGGAGGUCUAGUGAUGGUCCAAUUACAAAAGUUCUCAAUAAUCCCAUCAAUUUCUCUGAAGCACAAAAUUUUUAUGGGGCUAAACCAAAGAGUAAUGCAGAAAAAUCCUCAAACCGACCACACUUUUUUUCGCAGUUAUCUCAGCCAUCCGGAAGUAGUUCAGCAAUGUCCACUACACACUGUAGGAAAGCUUCCUUAUCAGAAACUUCAACUGUCAAAUCCCAGCGAUUUACCACAACAAGAGUUGAUGAAGCAGAACAUGCUGCUUCUGUUGCCAUGAACUUUCCACCAAGGGUUCACAGUGAAGCAGAACCUAAUACUUCUGGUUCAGGAUCAUCGCCUGUGAUCGCAGAAUCUUCUAGUAAAAGUAUAUUUUCCUUAGGUCGUAGUAGUAGCAAGAAAAAGAAAAAAAGUAACGAUGCCAAGGAUAAUAUUAAGGCUACUAAGAGUAAUUCAGAAAAGUCAUCUGUAACUGAUGGAUUCAACAUGGAGAAGAAAAAUGACUGGCCUACCAAUACAUAUGAAAAUGAAGAGAUCAAUUCUAACAAAAAGUGAGCCCAAAAACCACCGAACAAGAUCAACCACGAUUGGGAGUAAUGCACACCAUAAUAUUGUCUUUAGAAGUCAUUAUUCGACUCAUAGGUUUUUGAAGGACAGAGAAAAAUUGAAAAUGUACCAAUUAUGAAAUAUCCCCUACUGUUUUACAAAGAGUGAAUUGAAAUUAAUUCUUCAAAAUCAUACAUAAUAUGUGAACUUUUUAUAGAAAUUCAUUGAUUAUUUACAAUAGAAUUUAUCAAGUUUUGGUUAGUUUCGAUAGGUGUGUUGAAAAUAACGUGAAUAUAAUUACAGUACAAAUGUAGUUCAUUUAAAAGUUUUUGAAAAUCAAUAGUGUAUUCAAAUAUAAUUUAAUACAAAUUU